AUGAUGACUGCCUUGCGCCGUCCUGGUUACGAAAGACCAACAAUAUACCAGGUUUCCCACCAACGAACUGUUUAUCUCUUUGGACAGCCUAUUGCGCACUCGGUCUCUCCUGUCUUUCACAAUGCCAUCUUUCGCAACCUAGGCCUACCAUGGCGCUAUAUACGACUUGACUCAAAGGACCCGGAUGAUUUGGCCUGGCUUAUGCAUCGUGAAGAUUUCAUUGGAGCUGCAGUCACAAUGCCCAAUAAAAUACGAGCAAUGGAACAAGUCGACAUUCUGACGCCGGAUGCGCGCAAGAUUGGAUGCAUCAACACAAUCUACGUGCGUCCAUCCGGCCCGGAGAGCGAACAGACACGGACGUACAUCGGCACAAACACAGAUUGGAUCGGAAUUCAACGGGCGCUGCUCAACGCAGACCCCGACUUUCGAAGUCGUUUCUCCAAUGAAGCAGCACUGGUUAUUGGCGGUGGCGCUACCUGCAGAUCGGCCAUCUAUGCCCUCACGGAAGGUCUAGGGUUCAAAGUCGUGUAUUUGGUCAAUCGCGAUCCCGCGGAGGCCAAGGCAGCUAUCAGAGCCAUGAAGCAGGAAGGGCUGAGCCAAGACAUCUACUUCGUUGAGACGAUAGAAAUGGCGCUAUCCAUCCCGAGUCCUCCCACUGUUGCUGUCAGCGCGGUGCCGGACCUUGCCCCUAAAACUGCCCCCGAGCAAGCCGCCCGCGAUAUGACCACGGCCUUGAUACAGAGGAGCCAAGAGAGCCCCUCUCCUCCGCUCUUUUUGGAAAUGUGUUAUGACCCAACGCCUAUGACCUGGCUGGCCACCGCAGCGAAGAGCUCGGGCUGGCGUAUCAUCGAUGGCUUAGAUGUCAUGGAGCACCAGGCUAUUGAGCAGGCUGCACUAUGGACAGGAAAGCAUAUUCAGGAUCUACCAUCAAGCGUCGCAAAUGCCGAAAUGCGCCUAGCCCUUCGCUAG